GCAGCCCCGCUCAAGUUCACCACCCGCCGGCUGUUCGGAUAGUUUGGACCCGGAGUGCCGCAGCUGCAGAGCUUACAGUCUUAUGUCUUCGCUCCCGGAUGGAACCCACAACUUUAACUUUCAGCCUUUAAAAGUUCUCCGAAACUUUUUCUGAAACUUCCCCUGCCUUUGUUUCCCUUUCAAGGGGGAUUUUUCUUUUUUUUCCUUUUUCUUUUUUUGUUCAUGGCCGUUUAACCAACAUGAACUCGGGUCUCAGCCUGGAUAAGUGUUUCACUCACUAAUGUAGAGCUGCUUUAUUAGCUUGUUUUUUUUUUCUCUGCCGGGACAAAGAGUUUGUCAGUGGAUGUAACCGUGUCCACCGCAGAGCUCCCGGUCCCUAUAAUGAACAUUUUCCCACCGGAGUUUCCCUGAACUUUUCCCACGACUCGCCAUGUCGGGAGUGGUCCGCACCCUGAGCCGCUGCCUGCUGCCGGCCGAGGCCAGCCGGGAGCCGGGCAGCAGCAAGGAGGGCGGCCGGGAGAGGGAGAGGGACGCGGCGAAGGAGCGGGAGGCGCGGCGCCGCAGCCGGGAGAUAGACGCGAUGCUGGCCCGGGAGAGGAGAGCCGUGCGGCGGCUGGUGAAGAUCCUGCUGCUCGGGGCCGGGGAGAGCGGAAAGUCCACAUUCCUCAAACAGAUGCGCAUCAUUAACGGACAGGAGUUUGAUCAGAAGGCGCUCCUGGAUUUCCGGGACACUAUUUAUGAGAAUAUAUUGAAGGGCAUGCGCGUGCUGGUGGACGCCCGGGACAAGCUGGGCAUCGGCUGGCAGAGCUGCGAGAACGAGAAGCAGGGCAUGCUGGUGAUGUCGUGGGAGGGACGCGUGGGCGCCUCGGGGGUCGAGCCCAGCGAGUUCCAGCUGUACGUGAUGGCGCUGAGCACGCUGUGGGCAGACGCCGGCAUACAGGAGGCCUACGCACGACGCUCCGAGUUCCAGCUGAGCGAGUCAGUCAAAUACUUCCUGGAUAACUUGGAUCGUAUCGGACAGCUGAGUUAUAUUCCAAGCAAACAGGACAUUUUGUUUGCAAGGAAAGCGACUAAAGGGAUCGUCGAACACGACUUCGUCAUCAAAAAGAUCCCAUUCAAGAUGGUGGAUGUUGGAGGGCAGCGGUCUCAGAGGCAGAAGUGGUUUCAGUGUUUCGACGGGAUCACGUCGAUCCUCUUCAUGGUGUCAUCGUCAGAGUACGACCAGGUCCUAAUGGAGGACCGCAGGACCAAUCGCCUAGUGGAAAGUAUGAACAUCUUCGAGACGAUCGUUAACAACAAGCUCUUCCUCAAUGUGUCCAUCAUACUCUUCCUCAACAAAACAGACCUGCUGGUGGAAAAAAUUCGAACUGUUGACAUCCGAAAGAACUUUCCUGAGUUCAGAGGCGAUCCACGCAGGCUGGAGGACGUACAGGCGUUCCUGGUGCAGUCUUUUAGCCGAAAGCGGAGAAACCGGGGGAAGCCGCUUUUCCACCACUUCACCACGGCGGUCGACACAGAGAACAUCCGCUUCGUUUUCCACGCCGUCAAGGACACCAUCCUGCAGGAAAACCUCAAAGAUAUCAUGCUGCAAUGACCUUUGCGCCGCUCGGCGGCCUCUCCGCGGACCGUAACUGUGAAGCCGGCCGUGAAUCCGGGCUGGGAGGACUUGUGAGGAGGCCUGCUCCUCUGUGACUGACCUGUGGAGCAGAGCGCUGACCCGCGCAGAGAGCAGGUCCAACUCUGCACCUGUGGAGCCAUGAAGGCAGUCCAGCCCCACGACGGAAAGACUGCAUUUAAAGUCAUACUUCCUGUUCUCACACGAGCUCAGAAAUGUGUAUAUAUAAAAAAAAAAGAACAAGGAAAAAAAAGAGAGGAAAGCACCAACUACAUAACACGAGCACUGAAAGUGUUUUUUUUUUUUUUUUCUUCUUUUCUGUUUUCUCGGAUGUAUAUAAGACUCAUGACAGCCUUGUCACUAAACCAUGUCUGCCUGGGUGGAUGCAGCUGAAGGAGCACAGAGAAAGGGAAGAAAGGAGGGCAGGAGGUUUGGCGCUGAAGAAUGCCUCGUCUUAAGCACACGUGAUGGAAGGAGAGGGUGAGGGUUUUGGGCUCGUACUGGUCAUAUGCUCUGUUAUGUGAUAAGGUUGCACAAGUGUUCCUGUCAAUGAACUUUAAGAGAGGACAGAGCCGAGGCUCUCCGACUCUCCACCAUCUUCUCGUCCUUCUCUCAGUCCUGCCGUCGUGCGAUAGAAGAACAGCUGCAGAUAACAAGUCUUACUCUUCUCAUCCUCCUCUUCCUCCCCUCCCCCGGUACAAUGGCCAGAUUGUUCGUCUCGUUGGCAGAAACAGUAGACGCUCGAAUUAUAGGCUCUUCGUGGUUUGAAGAAACUCCUGGGUUUUUGCAGGAAUCUGUGUUCCUCUCUGUCCCCUGCCUUUCCCCCUGUGUUCCUGCCCUUUUUGUUCUGUGAAUUUGAAGGAAACGGCAACAAACAAACUCUAAAUGACCUUAUCCCCAUGUUCAAGGCAGCAGUAGGAGCCAGGGAGGGAAACCUUCCCAGAAAACAUCAAAACGGGAACAAGUGACCUGAAGAAGCUCGCUAAACUGUAAAUUUGUAAUUAUUUCUUGCCAGUACUCAGAUUUUUGUUGUUUCCUGGAAAGGAAUGAUAAAUGUUUGACACCACAGAAUCUAAAUCCCUCAUGAAUAACUGGUCUAUUUGAACCUAAAAUCAUUUUAUUAUGUGAUUACGAUUGGGAACAUGAUUUUCUCCUUCAUGUCAACUACACAUUUGUCAGAAGAUAAUUCAGCUAAUCAGCCUCGCUCGCUUCUCUCUUUGUGUUUGUAGCUGCUCUGUGUGUUCAGCGCUGUGUUGGUCAGACAAAACAAACUGGAACCACUUUGAAGAAUUCGCUUUUUUCACUUUUCUUUCUUGCAAAGAACACAAACGACCAUUAUGGUAAAUGGAAGAGUGACUCGCAGUGAUAAAACUAGUUUUUGUGUCUUUCAGGUCACCGUUUUAGAUUUACAGCUCGACCCUGUAUGUGUUUGGUUUAGAGUUAGCGUUAGCCUCAUCCUAACCCCCCCGUCCAACUGUCCUAAUCUAUCAUCAAUCAGGUUUGUAUUGUGGAUACCAAAUACCAUGAACACAAUUUAUACCUAACAAUUAUGUCUUUUCCUGAAUUGUGAGGAAACACCAAUGUCCAGGACUAUGAACUUGUGACGCUUUUAUCAAUUUUAUUACAUCAUUAUGAUUUUACUGCUGCGCUUGAGCUAAAGGCUAAGGAGGAAAACGCACGUUAGAGGAGAAAAUAAUCACUUAAUUGAUGUAAAAAAUGAUCGAUAGAAGAAUCAGUCAUGAAAUAACCACUAUCUUCCCCCUUUAUGACCUUUCCGCGAAUGAGCUCACUGUUAACGUAGCGUGAACAGCAGUGCUGCAGCCGCAGCUCGAGUCGUGCACUGAUUUAUGGCGAAACUGCGGAGAUGUUCUGUCCCGUGGUUUGAAUGGAACCCUGCGCUCGGGUCUGGAUCCACUCGUGCGUUUUCAGGGACGGCGGAGUGACGUGAAAGUGCUGAUUUGGCCCCAUUUCGGUACGCGGCAGCAGGGACACAGCUGAGCUGCUUCUCCCACCCGGACCCUCCAGGGGAAUGAGGCAAACCACGAACGCUCGGACACGCCUCGAUAUCACGUUAAACCGUGUCGUUUGUGUGUGUUUAUUGUGCUAUGCAUAAAUCUAUGCUUCCCUGUACAUAUAAAACUGUAAGAAACUGACUGACACUGUGUGAACGCCGUACAAUACAAACACCACUCUGUCUCCCAGUAUCACUGUAACCAUUACUGGUAUGUUGCUGUAACAUUUGUCGUUAACUAACCUACCUUUUCCACUCACAUGAGGUGUUUUUGUUUGUUUUUUUUAUGUAACUUUUUCGUCAUUGCACUGGAUGUGUGUGAGAGAAAAUGACCCGGGAGGAAAGCGUCUGGGGAUGAAAAAAAAAAAAAAAAGGCAAAGAAACAAACAAACAGGCGCGGGCUUUGAAAGGCGAUCAGGACGGAGGCAGAGGAUGAAGGGAGGGAGGUCUUCUGCUUUUGUUUUUUUGUUUCCCAGUGCCUUGGCUCUGUGCUCUGUGGUGAAAUACACUGCCGUUUGCUGA